AUGGCAUCUGCACUCACAAGCAGUGGAUCUCUCUCCGCCAAGUCGAGCAUAGAGUCCUGUAUCCGUGACCUGUACCGCCACCACAUCGCAUAUCUUGAGGGGUAUCCCGAGCAAGCCCAGGAUGAAGACAAGGGGAUGGUCUCACCUAUCAAAACCAACAACGAGAGUUCUGCUAUAGAGACAAUUAUAGCAAACAUGCCCGAUAAUAGAAGCGAGAGUAUUGGGGAGCCCGGACCCUCAGUGAAUGAGGAACCCAUAGAGCCCACUCCGACCUUCCUCACUCAAAACAGACGCGAUUCUGGUCUCCCACUUCCUCUACACGUUAACACAGAGCGUUUUCCCGAGUACUACAGGUCGUGUGAAAACCGUGACGCCUAUCGAAACAAGCAGAUCGAAGAUUCAUACAAACUAGCCGUCUCCAAGGUUUGCGAGGAAGUUAUCAACUUCAGACAGAUUGAUUCGCUAGCAACUGCGCCUCUUUCCUUCACCAUGGCGGGUGAAGAGGAAACCACCAACGCGAGCACUAUGACCAAUGCAUCAGAGACCCCUAAGAUCGAAAGCCCCCCUACCCCAGCCUCACAAUUGAGCACCAACCAACACGCAGGAGUUGGCUCUGACUCGAUUCCACUUGUGCCCGAGGAGCGCAAGAAGAGUACCCUCGAACAAAUGAGGGCCAUGACCAGCUCAGAGCAUAUGAGCCUGACUACCAAAACACGCUUCAUCGAUAUGAGCAACACUGUUCUUCGACUUGAGCUCCUCCUCUUUCGCAGACACGCUACUCCCGUGGAUCCAGUCCUCGGACUGACCAAAGACGAAGUCAAAGAGGUCAUGCACCACUUAGAAGAGCUCAAAAAAUGCAUCGGCAUUGUGGACCACAUCUUGCAACAAGAGCUCACCUGGGCGCGCCGGGUGGAGUAUUCGGUCAAGCAGAUCGCAGAAGAUACGCAGUACAACGUGGUGACUCGGUUCAGAAACAUGACUGAACUGAUUCUAAAGCAAAGCAAAGCAAAGCAAACUCAACUAACGCCUACCCACUCCAGCCAUCUCAACAAGCCUCGCCCAUCUGAGCGUGACCUUCUCACCGUCUUCCUGGACUUCUUCGACGCGUACAUCUACACCGACUUCAUGAAUGACUACCAGCGCCAGCUUCCCGUGAAGGAGAACUGGAACCCCGUGCGCGUGGAAAUGACUCGUGCCCUCAUCGCAGUCUGGGAUCUGAUCAACCGGGCUAUCGAGAGUUACGAUGCCAUUAUUAGAGUCACUGUGGACAUCAAGGAACGGUACACGGAGCCUCACUACAGAGAGAUGCAGGAGACUCCUCAGGCCUGGAGAAGCGCCAUGCUCGCGCACCAUAUCGAGGGUGAGCGUGAGCGGCAGCGCCAGGCUGCUCAGCGGGCAGAGGCCAGGAAGGUUGCGUAUGAGCAGGCGCAGGAGGAGAAGCGCCGCGAAGAAGAGAAGAAGAAGAAGGAGGAGGAAGCGAAGACAGUGGUGGGGGUUAAAGAUUACGUUCCUUUCACUGCAGAGAUGGAUCCGACGGUUAAGGUCCGGGACUUUGCGUAUGAGGCGCUGGCUAAGGCUGCGCAGCCUGCUGUGUCUGGCUCUAAGGAUGAUGAGGAUUCGGAUGAUGGUUGGGUGUUCUGA